AAAACUAAAUCCUCAAAAUAUAAGAAAAGCCCAUACUUAACAAGUAGAGGGUAUUGCUGGAGAUGCUCUUAUGGAGUUACAGUAGACUUGCCUUUCUUCUUAAUUAAACUCUCAGUUGAGGCUCCGCCACCGCCGCCGCAGCAAGUCGUCCUCCUAGUCCCCCAAGGCCCCAACCCAAGCGAAGCCGCGGCGGCCGCAGCGGCGGAGAGCGGAGGAGAUGCUGCAGUUCCCGGCGCUGAUGCGGCAGUGGCCGUCGCCGCCGCUGAUCCCGGCGUCCACGUUGCUCCCCGUGCCGGCCACCUCCCAUGAGGACGAGCUCCUCCUCGCCAUGGCGGAGUCCGACCUCGAGGAUAAGCUGAACGAGAUCCGGAAGACCAACAGCAACCUGGUGAUCAUCGGAAAGCCCGCAGGCGACACCAAGGAGGAGUACGACGCUGAGGUGGAGGACGACGACGCCGAUAACGUCGAGGAGUCGGACGGCGACGACUUCGACCAGGAAACCGGCUGACCCGGGCGGUUCCUCAUUGCUCAGCCGGCCGCCUGGAGCCACGCCGCCCCCGCUGCCCAGUCUGUAUUCCGCGAUCCCCGAUUGGCUCCUGCUAUCUAGAUGUGCUGUGUUACCCUAUCCUGCUGCUGCAUUUCGCUUAUGUGGACCUUGUGUAUGAAAUUAGAUGAUUAAUGCUACUUGGUCUUAUCUAAAAUCCAGACACUACUAGUUUAGUUUCCUCACUC